AUGGGGAAGGCCUCUAAUCGCCUAGCCGUGGAGCGCCGCCUAGAGCGCAUGCGGGCAGAGGAACAGCAUAACAAGGCCUUAGCAGAAAUCGAGGCUGCACGGAUUCAAAUGAUCAACCUUGCACGUAGCGAUGCAAGGGUAGAGGCUCUUAGGCUUCAAAAUGCGGCCAAAGCUGAUGUCGAAGAGCUUUCUCGGGACUUAGAAUUUACUUUUGAGGAACAGCGAAGACAGCAGAGUAUUAAGGAAAAACAGUUGCACCAGAGAGUCACUGACACUUUAGACCGCAAGCUGCAACAGGAAGAAGCAGCCGCCCUUGAGAGGCAGAAAGUCUGCCAGGAGAGUGAGGAGAUCCGCAAGCUAAAAGAGCAGCUGGCAACUGCCAGAGUCAGUCGGGAAAGAACUGCUCAGCUCCUUGAACGACAACUUAGAGAGGCCGACGCCGCCCUCGAGGACGCGCGACUUGAACUUGCUAUGGAAGAAAAACGAUUGGCAGAGUGCGAGAAUGCGCGCCGCCAGGAACUUGACCGCAAUUUGCAAAUGCGUCAAGUUGGGCUGGAACUCGCAGCGCAGAUAGAAGACAGACAGCGUGUAAAACAGGAGGAAAGAGCCGAGAAGUAUGCAAUUGAAAAGGAACAGGUGGGAGCAGUCGUUGCAAGGCUGCUUGAAGAAAUGGAGAAUGAAAAAAGGCAGUCGAUGGAACGCCGGCGACUUCAUGCAGAAAUGGUCGCGGAAGCAACCAAAGAAAGAGCACGGCAGAAGCAGCGCUUACAUGAAAAUAAGACCAAGGAAGAAAAUGAAAUCAGGGAAUACCUCGAGAUGCAAAGAAAGCGAGCUGAAGACUUGGAGAGAGAGAAAGAAUUAAUACGUAAGGAAAAGGCGAGAAUACUAGAUGAACUCCUGCAAAAGCAAAUACGGAAGCAGCAAGAGGAGACAGACUAUGCCCAAUUGAUAGCAAAUCUGUACGAAUUCGAGCGCGAGGAACAGGAACGGCAAAAGGAAGAAGCUCAGAAAAAAAAACGGUAG